AUGCGCCUCUACCUCUACCACGUGGCCGGCUACGGGCCGCCCACGCUGCUGCUCGCCAAAGGUGCGCCCUCGUCCACCGUCCACAGUGUACCAUGCAGACUACAGCCUCCAGGCCGGGCCCAGGCCGCACGUGGGCCCGCGCCGCCCGAGGCCGCCACGCCCUGGAUGCGCCUCUACCUCUACCACGUGGCCGGCUACGGGCCGCCCACGCUGCUGCUCACCAAAGGUGCGCCCUCGUCCACUGUCCACAGUGUACCAUGCAGACUACAGCCUCCAGGCCGGGCCCAGGCCGCACGUGGGCCCGCGCCGCCCAAGGCCGCCACGCCCUGGAUGCGCCUCUACCUCUACCACGUGGCCGGCUACGGGCCGCCCACGCUGCUGCUCGCCAAAGGUGCGCCCUCGUCCACCGUCCACAGUGUACCAUGCAGACUACAGCCUCCAGGCCGGGCCCAGGCCGCACGUGGGCCCGCGCCGCCCGAGGCCGCCACGCCCUGGAUGCGCCUCUACCUCUACCACGUGGCCGGCUACGGGCCGCCCACGCUGCUGCUCGCCAAAGGUGCGCCCUCGUCCACCGUCCACAGUGUACCAUGCAGACUACAGCCUCCAGGCCGGGCCCAGGCCGCACGUGGGCCCGCGCCGCCCGAGGCCGCCACGCCCUGGAUGCGCCUCUACCUCUACCACGUGGCCGGCUACGGGCCGCCCACGCUGCUGCUCACCAAAGGUGCGCCCUCGUCCACCGUCCACAGUGUACCAUGCAGACUACAGCCUCCAGGCCGGGCCCAGGCCGCACGUGGGCCCGCGCCGCCCGAGGCCGCCACGCCCUGGAUGCGCCUCUACCUCUACCACGUGGCCGGCUACGGGCCGCCCACGCUGCUGCUCACCAAAGGUGCGCCCUCGUCCACCGUCCACAGUGUACCAUGCAGACUACAGCCUCCAGGCCGGGCCCAGGCCGCACGUGGGCCCGCGCCGCCCGAGGCCGCCACGCCCUGGAUGCGCCUCUACCUCUACCACGUGGCCGGCUACGGGCCGCCCACGCUGCUGCUCACCAAAGGUGCGCCCUCGUCCACCGUCCACAGUGUACCAUGCAGACUACAGCCUCCAGGCCGGGCCCAGGCCGCACGUGGGCCCGCGCCGCCCGAGGCCGCCACGCCCUGGAUGCGCCUCUACCUCUACCACGUGGCCGGCUACGGGCCGCCCACGCUGCUGCUCACCAAAGGUGCGCCCUCGUCCACCGUCCACAGUGUACCAUGCAGACUACAGCCUCCAGGCCGGGCCCAGGCCGCACGUGGGCCCGCGCCGCCCGAGGCCGCCACGCCCUGGAUGCGCCUCUACCUCUACCACGUGGCCGGCUACGGGCCGCCCACGCUGCUGCUCACCAAAGGCACAGUGCUGCGCUGCAUCCCGCGCGCGCUUCUGGGCUACUCGCGGCUGGCAGUAUCGUGGUGGGGCGCGGAGGCAGCGCUCGAAGGCGGCACGGCGCUGCCCGCCGCCGCCGCUCUCGCCGCAGCAAAUUCUGCGCUUAGGCGCGGCCCUGUGUUACUACAGGCGGCUGGUGUGCGACAAGCUGCAUCCUUCACACAUAUCAUGUUCCCACCUGAAAACGACGAACGGUAUGGCAAUGACCCGUACCAAUCGCUGUGGUACCGGCACGCGGGGCUCCGACGAUUGCUGCAGCGACUUAGACUGACGCGCAGCGCGGGCUACGUCACGCUGUGCGACAUCGGCGUGCCCGACCUCGGCUGCGCGCGCCCGCCGCCCGCCGUGCAGCUGCUACCGUCUAGAAAGAAGAAAGACGUCUGCGGCAUUGCGAAACCUGUCAGCGAGAUAUCACUUUCGUCCAAUGAUUCCACUGAAAAAACUGCCGCCGACUACUCAAAGAGGUUACAGUCGCCCAUAGAGUCUCACUUCGCCGUCACGCCGACCAUCGACAGCAAAACUAGUUCCCCUGCCAAUGGAUUCACUAGUGUGGAAUGCGGGCAGCUACUUUGCGAAGAGUUAGACAAUUUAGCAAUCGAUGACGAUUCGAAACAGUCGCAUCAAAGCAAGGAAUCGAUCGCGGGCUCUGACGACAUCGUCCAAAUCAACUCGUCGUCCACCAGCAUCGAAGACUUGAAAGAAAAAAGCGAUCUCAAGAAAAACUCCUUAGAAAAUUCCACGAGCAAAGAAUCGAUAAGUUUUUCAGAUGAUUUGGUUGCGAUAAACUCGACGUCAAUCAGCGUGGAGAAUUUGAAAUUCGAUAGCAAGAAAGGAAGUGAUACCGCGAGCGAGAAGUCGAUGAGCCAGUUGAACGAUUUGUUGAGUCCGGCGGAGGAGUCGAUAUCGAUGUUCACGCAGCUAUCGAACAAACUAACAGAGAUCACGGCGGAGGGUGAUAGCGGGGUUGACACCACGCACAAUUUGUCAGACGACGAAACUUGUAAACCCGAGAAAUGGACUAUCCUUGAUCUGCAGUUCGGUAUCCCGUUAUUUGACGAGGUGCUGUGCGAAAAAAUAUGCCAAUGUAUAGUCGAAAGGAUAGCCAAACCUGACUUAUUUGAGAAAGUGAAAGAAGACAAUGACUUCAUUCGUUCUGAUGUCCUGAAAUUCGUGUCACAAUGCCAAUACUAUCCAGGUGAAGACAUGGGUAUAGUAAAACGAGGUACCCUAGUGCCUUUACCCCGAAGAAACCUCGUUUUCGAAAACGGGAGAAUCAGCGAGUGGGCCGGCAAAUGAUACCGUCCCGCUCGCACGCGCCAUAUCCACCCAUCGAGAAACGCUUUUGAAAGAGACAGCUAUUUUUGUGGAGUUCUUUUUCAAACUUUACUGGAUAGUGAUCGUGUAAUUGGUUACAAUAAUGUAGCUAGUUUUCAGGCAGUAGAGAUUGUUUACAUACACAAUGAAAAGCAUACAGGUGUUAUAGAUUUUAAUAAUUAUGUUGAUUUAGAGCACAACUUAUGUUAUUUUGGCUUGUCUAAAAGCUUAAUAAAGCAUUUUUUUUAUAAUUGACUAUUAGAAAUUAAAAAAACUGUAAUACAUUUUCUUUUGUAAAUAAGUUUCCUAGUAUUAUUAUAACUUAUAUGUACUUGCAA